AAGUGGGGUGGGGGUGGCUGCGUGUUUCCGGAAGACGUGGCGGCUCUCGCCUGGGCUGCUUCCCGGCUUCAUUUCGCCCGACUUCGCCUCACACCCUGGGAGCCCCGAGGUGUUGUCGCCGCCGCCCUCACCCCUGCAGCCAUGAUCUCCUUAACGGACACCCAGAAGAUCGGAAUGGGGUUAACGGGGUUUGGAGUGUUUUUCCUGUUCUUUGGAAUGAUUCUCUUUUUUGACAAAGCACUACUGGCUAUCGGAAAUGUCUUAUUCGUGGCUGGCUUGGCUUUUGUAAUUGGUUUAGAACGAACAUUCAGAUUCUUCUUCCAAAAACAUAAAAUGAAAGCGACAGGGUUCUUCCUGGGCGGUGUAUUUGUAGUCCUCAUUGGUUGGCCUUUGAUAGGCAUGAUCUUCGAAAUUUAUGGAUUCUUUCUCUUGUUCAGGGGCUUCUUUCCUGUGGUCAUUGGCUUUAUUAGAAGAGUACCAGUCCUCGGAUCCCUGCUGAAUUUACCUGGAAUUAGAUCAUUUGUAGAUAAAGUUGGAGAAAGCAACAAUAUGGUAUAACAACAAGUGAAUUGAAGACUCAUUUAAAAUAUUGUAUUAUUUAUAAAAUCCUUUGAAGAAUAUUCAGCACAAAAUUAAAUUACGUGAAAUAGCCUGUAAUGUCCUUUACAGAAGUUUAAAAUGUGCAGCCUACAGAGUACCAACAGCAGUUAACAAAGAAGCGGGAAACAGGCUUCUAAUCCAGUGAUGCAAGAACGCAGCAAGCAAACUGAAGGGGAUGAAACCUACGUUACAGCGCACACUGAAACUCUUGAAGGCCACUUUUCUUGUUUUCCCGCAAUGUGCGAAACACAGCCAUCCUUAGAGAACUGUAGCGUCUGUUUCUUUUCUUUUUCUUUCGAAGAUGCAAGAGCACCCAGAGGCAUUGGCUUUUUAGAAAUGUCCAUGGCAGUGGCGGAAAUAUUUCCAGCUGGACUGUGUCUCUGAAAGUGAUGCAUGAGUUAGAUUGGAUUAUGUCAUUUUACUGUAUUAAAACCAGGAAAGCCCAGUGUCGAUGUAUGAAUCACUUUUUUUUUUUUUUGUAAACAUAUGGUUAAAAAACUUCUGUGGUUCUUCUCAAUCUUAAUAUUGUAAAGCCAGGUGGAAAUCUGAACUCAAUAUUCUUUGUUGGAAUAUGCAAAGGUCAUUCUUUACUAGCUUGUAGUUUCUCAGUUACAGCUGACGAAGCACUUUUGUGUUCAGCAACGCGCUCUGAAAAUCCUCAUACCCCCUGGGGACCUGACCUGAGUCUGUCUCUGUCAUUAACAAAAAGCAUCCUUGCUCAUGAAGGAAUCUGUUACAUAGCUUGUCUCAUCGAAUCAUCUUUUAUUUAAGAUACUAAGUGAUGAAAACCAAAUGGAUUUUUCCAUGUCAUGAUACAGGUUUUCUUUUAGUUUUUGAAUCUUAGCAGUGGUUUAUAUUUUGCUUUUCAUAAAUUAAAAUAACUACUGGCAAUGUUUAAGUUGUGUUAAAAGGUUUUGCUUACACUUGUUUUUUUAAAGGCUAUUCACAUAAGCCGACUUCUCCCCAAAUUUUCAGCUUUUUCAUAACAUAAAAAUCAAUAUGCAUAACAUUUGCUUUUCACGUGGGGUUCAUGGAGAGAAUAUCUGAGUUCACACGCUAAACUUAUUUUACUGUAAUUAAACUGGCUAUAGUGUUCUGCACAACAUGACACUACAAAAAUGACAUGUGGUUUAUUCACCUGUUGCUGCUUGACAGGCAGCAGUAGGAAACAGUGGUUGCUUCUUCAGUGGUAGUUUUCCAGGGUGGCGCCCUUUGGGUAGAUAUAGGAACACAUCUCAACAGCCAUAGUCCUUUGUUUUACCACUAACGAUUGUACUAUUUGCUUUUUUAAAACAGUUGCAAAGCUUUUUAAUGCAUAAAGUCAUAAUCGAAAUUUGUGAUUUUUAUUUACGAACGUGUCUACGAAAUAUUUUAUAGCCUAUGUUAUUUUUUGUUAAGUCUCUUGGUGCACAGAGAAGUCCCAACCUUGCUCAGCUAAAGAAAGAAAGACUUGGUAUGUAGUCUGGUGGCUCAGUCUUGUGGAUUACUGUCUUUCUGGUACCGGCGUUUGACUUAGGAUGUAAUCUGUGAAAGUAGAUUGAUUACUGACAAAAUGAGUCUCCUACCUCAAUAGUUCAUGGAACGUUAAGAAUCCUAGUGUUGUGUCUGAUGUUCUUCAAAAAAGUAAUAUCCUCACUUGGAGAGUGUCAAAUAUAUACAUAUUUUGGGGAUUGACUUAUACAGGUUGCCCUGUAGGACCCUAUUACACAGAUUUUUGACUGACCCAUAUUAUUUCCAGUGGCUAGAUACUUCUGCCUUUUUAGAGCGAGAAAGGUAUCUGUUAUUGUAGGAACAUCUGUAUUAUUCAACUCCUUUGUAGACAUGAAUUUCUAUCAAAAUGUUCUUUGCACUGUAACAGAGAUCUCUUUUUCAACGAUCUUAUUUCAGAAAGCAUUAUCAGACUGUAAAGGAUGUGAUCAUCUCCCAGUCGUUAGUAAGAUCGAGUGGCUUGGAGCAAUUGGCAGUCUUAAGUGAAUCCACAGUUUUCUCAAAUGUGAGUUUGGGACUGCUUGGCAGCGUUGUGUGUUUCUUAUUCAGAACCAUUGAUGAGGCUCUAUUUUUAAACAUACUCAUCUUCUGACAAAAAGCAAUGUACAUCACAUCGUUCCUUCCUUUCCAGAAUUAGUCUUCUGUCUUCGUGACAAAAAAAUACACACUUUGAUUAUUGCUAUAAAGUUGGAAGAAAAAGGUCUAAUGCAACUUAGCCUUAAGUGUUUCUGGCAUUGUUCCAAUGUAUUUUCUGUAACAGAAACAUAUUUGGAAUGCUUUUCUUUUCCCCUUAUAAAUUGUAAUUCCUGGGAUACUGCUGCUUUAAAAGGUCUCACAGAUUAUAUGAUCUAACAAUUGACUAUUGUAAAUACACUUGUCUUACCUCUCAAUAAAAGGGUACUUUUCUAUUAA